AAUUUGACAGCGAACAUUGUUGUUUUCGUUUCGUGCGUGAGCUACACACGAUUCGUUCAGCGGUCGCAGGUAUUCUGAUGAAAGCACGAUGACCAUCCCAUCACUAACGUCCCAGCGAUUGAUUCUACGACUAUAUCGAGACCUACGUCGGUACGCUUCUCAAUUGCAGUUCACCGACCAGGAGUACUUUCUGCAGCGGGUUCGACGUGAAUUCGAGCUGAACCGAAACGUGCGCGACCAGAAGGAGAUUGAAUUCUGUUAUAAGCGAGGCAGAGCGUUACUCGACCAGGCACGAGUGAUCUAGAUCGCUAAACUAUGUUCAAUUUGAUGAGGACAUCUGCUCAACUCCGAGCCAUCCAAAGACCUUUCCUGCGAUUCAAAACCACGAUCGACACCUCCAAGGUACCUACCUUGCGCGACGAAGACCUAGAAGAGACAUUUGUCCGUGGCAGCGGUCCCGGUGGACAAUCGGUUGCCAAAACCAACAACAAAGUGGUCCUCACGCACAAACCGACCGGCUUAGUGAUCCAGUGUCACAGUUCAAGGUCGUUGUUCAAAAACCGGGAGGAAGCUCGCCGGCUGCUGAUUGCCAAAUUGGACGAACUGGAGAACGGCGAUCAAUCGAUGGAGGCUCAGCAGAGGAGGAUCGAACAGAAGAAACAUUCGGAAGCUACUCGGCGUCAAGUCAAGCGUCAAGAGAUGAAGAAAGCGUGGAAGGAAAGGGAGUUCGGACAGCAAGAUUGAACAUCAUCUGUUGUAGAUAGAUAUUAAAUAGAUUUUGAUUAGUUAAAA